GUGACAUUCAGCAGCAUGAUCAUGUCUCACGAUGGAAAAAAUAGCAAAACUGCCUUUAAAAACCUUAUGAAUAUAAGGAGAAGGGAGACCAACACCUCAAAAAUGAGUCUUAAAAGUAAAACCAACUCAGCUUAUACAGAACCUAGCUGUGUGUCUAUGAAAAGUGAAGACUCCCUUCAUCAUCCCCCUUAUUUCAGCAAUGAAGCAGUCACUUCUGACCCCAGGCAGCUCUACACAAAACCAAACUUGCAGAAUGAAUCUGAAGACCUACAUCAGAAUUCUCAUAAACCAGUAGAUGAUGUUCUGCAGAGAGUCAAAGACCAACACAAAACCAUGAUGAAAAACAAGGUUGAGAGUUUAUUUGAGGGAAUCAAACAACAAGAGAAUCAAACCCUCCUGAAGAGGAUUUACACACAACUGUACAUCAUAGAGGGAGAGAGUGAAGGAGUGAAUGAAGAACAUGAGGUUUUACACAUGGAGAAAAACACCAGAACACAACACUUACAAGACACAACAAUCUACUGCAAUGACAUCUUUAUACCCUUACCUGAACCAGGACAUAAAACAGAGAAUAGAAGAAGAAAAAACAAAAUCAAGAGCGUUCUUACUAAAGGCAUCGCUGGAAUUGGAAAAACCGUGUCUGUGCACAAGUUCAUUCUGGAUUGGGCCGAGGGAACAGCCAAUCAGGAUGUAGAUUUUAUGUUUGUGCUUCCGUUUCGAGAGCUAAACUUGAUUCAAUAUAAUCAGUACAGUCUUCAUAAACUUCUGCUUGACUUUCAUCCUGAACUUCAAGAUCUGGACUCAAGGGUUUAUGAUGAGUGUAAAGUUGUGUUCAUCUUUGAUGGUCUGGAUGAAAGCAGAAUGACACUGACGUUUUCAGACGGUGAGAAAGUUUCUGAGGUGACUGAGACUUCAUCAUUGCCUGUGUUAAUAUCAAACCUCAUGAAAGGAGAUCUGCUUCCCUCUGCUCUCAUCUGGAUCACCUCCAGACCAGCAGCAGUCAAUCAGAUCCCAUCUCAAUACAUCAACCGUCUGACAGAAAUCCAGGGAUUCGAUGACGCUCAGAAGGAGGAAUAUUUCAGGAAGAGAAUCAGUGAUGAACAUCAAGCCAGCAGAAUCAUCUCACACAUUAAAAGAUCAAGAAGUCUCCACAUCAUGUGUCACAUACCAGUCUUCUGUUGGAUAUCAUCCACGGUACUUCAAAACAUCCUGAAACAAGAUCACACAACAGAAAUUCCCAAAACUCUGACUGAAAUGUAUAUCCACUUCCUGCUGAUUCAGAUGAAUAUGAAGAAUGAGAAGUAUGAUGAGAGAGAUCCAAAAAAACUCCUGCAGUCAAACAGAGAAGUGAUUGUCAAACUGUCUGAACUGGCUUUCAAACAGCUGAUGAAGGGUAAUGUGAUGUUUUAUGAGGAAGAGCUGAGAGAGUGUGGCAUAGACAUCAUUGAUGCCUCAGUGUAUUCUGGGAUCUGUACUGAGAUCUUUAGGGAGGAAUCUGGGAUACAUCAGAGGAAAAUCUACUGCUUCAUACAUCUCAGCUUUCAGGAGUUUCUGGCAGCUCUUUAUGUGUUUCACUAUCACAUGAGUACAACAAUGGAGACUCUGAAACAUUUUGCCUCAGUACAGGACUUGCUUAAAGGUGCCGUAGAUAAAGCUCUUCGGAGUAAAACAGGACAUCUGGAUCUUUUCCUGCGAUUCCUACUGGGCAUCUCACUGGAGUCCAAUCAGAGACUCUUACCGGAUCUACUGACACACACAAAGAACAGUUUAGAUACCAUCAGGGAAGUCACACAGUACAUUAAGGAUAAAAUUAAACAUGAUCAUCUCUCAAUUGACAGAUCUAUCAAUCUGUUUCUGUGUCUUCUUGAAGUGAAUGAUCAGACUUUGUACCGCGAGAUUGAGGAGUUUGUGAGAUCAGACAAACAAUCAGAGAAGAAACUCUCUGCUGCUCACUGUUCAGCAAUAGCCUACAUGCUUCAGAUGUCAGAGAAGGUGCUAGAUGAAUUUAAUCUGAGGAAAUACAACACAACACAGGAGGGGAGAAGAAGACUCAUACCAGCUGUCAGCAACUGCACAACAGUCAUACUUGCUGACUGUAAUCUGACUGCUGAGUGUUGUGAAACUUUAUCUUCAUGUCUACAAUCCUCAUCUUGUCUUCUGAGAGAUCUGGACCUAAGUAACAACGACCUGAAAGAUUCAGGAGUGAAGCUCAUCUCUGAUAAUCUUAAGAGUCCUGACUGUAAACUAGAAACACUGAGAUUGUCAGGUUGUAUGGUGACAGAUGAAGGUUGUUGUUAUUUGGCUUCAGCUCUGAGUUCAAACCCAUCAUCACAACUGAUAGAGCUGGAUCUGAGCUACAAUCACCCACAACACUCAGGACGUCAGAUGCUCUCUCAGAGACUUAAUGAUCCCAAGUGUAAACUCAAGAAACUAAAUUUGGAACAUGGUGAACCUUGCAGGAUUAAACCAGGACUACGAAAAUAUGCCUGUGAUCUCACACUGGAUCCAAACACAGCAAACAGUCGUCUUCUUCUGUCUGAUGAUUAUAAAACGGUCACUUAUGCGAAAGAGAAGCAGUUGAAACCUAAACAUCAAGAGAGAUUUGAAGGUGUUCCUCAGGUUCUGUGUAGAGAGAGUCUGACUGGACGCUGUUACUGGGAGGUUAAUUGGGAUGAGUGGACUCGUAUAGCAGUGACAUAUAAAGACACCAGCAGAAAAGAAGGGAGUAACAGUUUGUUUGGGCUUGAUGAAAAGUCAUGGAGUCUCUUCUGCAAUGUCAAUGGAUUUGACAUCUGGCACAAUAAUAAAAUCCGGAACAUACCUUCACCUUCACCUCAUUCUAACAGAGUAGGAGUUUAUCUGGACUGGUCAGCAGGUACUCUGUCCUUCUACAGUGUCUCUGAUAAACAAACACUCACACACCUUCACACAGUCAACACAACUUUCAAUGAACCUCUGUAUCCUGGAUUUUUGGUUCGUUAUAAAGUCUCUCUGUGUCAGAAUUAACAACUCACUUUUAGCAAUCAUUCAGUGCAGGCUGUUUGGUAGAACAGCAAUAUAAACUAAACCAUAUUCCAGAAGAUCAUAGAUAAGUGAGGAUGAGUAUUUUUAUUUGGUCUGGCAGUCAGUUUCACUCUAGCCACAACCACGUACAGGUAGAACGGUCUAGUUACUGUACAGCAACAUGAUUAAGCCAUAACACCGCAUCAGAAUGUAGAAGAGACUUAAGGUUUGGGUCUAUAGACUUGGAACACUCAAUUAAAACCAUUAGAGGAUCCCAUGAGACCCUUUAGAUUUCCUUGGGGCUCCCAGCUGUAUUUCUGAACCAGUUGUUCUGAGUUGUCUGUCGCAAAACAAAAAAUUUAAUUUUACAAGUACAAAGUACAAAGCUUACAUUGUUAUUACAGUUAUGAUGUGUGUAAUAACAAUUAAUGCUGCAAACUAGACAGAUCUUACUUACUUAUUCAUUUAGCUGACGCUUUUAUCCAAAGCGACUUACAAUUGCUGGAUAUGUCAGAGGUCGCACACCAAUAGAGCAACUAUGCGUUAAGUGUUUUGCUCAGGGACACAAUGGUGUCUCACAGUGGAUUCGAACCCGGUUCUCUCACACCAAAGGCGAGUGUCUUAUCCACUUUGCUAUCACCACCCCAUCAUAAUGUGACAGAUAUAUAAUUUGUUAACUGCUUCAAAGGUGCCAUAGCAUAACAAAUAUUUUCCUAGGCAUAGAUGAAUAAUAAGAGCCUUGUACAUGGUAACGACAUAUUGUGUGCCUCAAACACGUUUUUCCUCAUUUUUAUGUAAACCGUGUGUACGCAAAGGACUGCUGGAAAACAGACAAAUCUCAACAUAGCACAGACUGUUAUGUCACAGUCAAGAUGUACAGCAAUGACUUUAAGGUGACCCAAGUCGAGAUGUACUCUCCCAACUCUAAAUUACACAUUAAAUUAAUUACAAAGUUGUUAAAAUGUUAAAAACAAAGUUGUGACUGAUGAGUUAGCGCUACAUGCUAAUUAAUGCUACAUGCUAGCAUUUAGGCUAAAGUUCUACUAUUGACAUUACAGUUAAGUUUUGUAGAUCCAUACUGGAAAAAAACCCACAAACCACUCGAAAACGUCGAUUAACAAUGUCCUAACAAUUAGUUGUUCCCCAAAAUCUGUAUUUUCGUCUGAUACAGGCUCAAACAUAAAGUGGUGGUUUCCCGGGCAAGGAUUAGCUUAAGCCAGGACUAGGCAUUAGUUUAAUUAGGAAAUAAAACUAGUUUUAACAAACAUGCCUUACUAAAAGCAUUACUUGUGUGCAUUUUGAGGCAAAACAAAGGGUACUUAUGUAUAUUAAGAUAUGUCAGUGCAAGUUGUUUUCUGUUUGGACAGCUCUUACAUUUAUUUUAGUCUAGGACUAGUCUAAUCCCUUUUCUUAAUAUAGAAAAUCCCAUUAUCUCUUCAUUCUACACCUUACCUAAAAUCCAUAAACGUCUAGAAUAACCACCUGGAUGUCCAAUUGUAUCAGGUAUUGGUUCAUUAACAUCCUAAAUUUCUACAUUUGUGGAUUUCUUUUUAAGACCAUUCUGUAACAAAAUGCCCUCUUUUUUGAAGGAUACAAUGCAUAUGUUGUCUUUCAUAGAUUCCAUUAAUCCAAUACCCGAGGACAUUUUACUGGUCUCAUUUGAUGUUCAGUCUUUAUAUACAUGUAUUCCACACAAAGAGGGUGUUGAGGCUAUGGUCCACUUUCUAUCUGAGCGUACUGAUUUAAUUCCUUCUAAUGAAUGUAUUAAGACACUAUCGGAAAUUGUACUUUCCUAUAAUUAUUUUAUAUUUCAGAAUGAUUUUUAUAUUCAAAAGAGAGGCGUGGCAAUGGGUAGUACAUUGGCACCCUCUUUUGCGAAUCUUUAUAUGGCUCUUUUUGAGGAGAAAUUUGUUUACUCCAAUCAUGUGUUUUCUACCAAUAUAUUGAUUUGGAAGAGAUAUUUGGAUGAUUGUUUCUGUCUCUUUAAGGGUGAUGUUACACAACUCCAUUCCUUUUUUCAAUAUCUAAAUGGCUGUUCAAAGUUUUUGACAUUUACUAUGGAGUUUGAUGCAAAUAAGGUUAGUUUUCUGGAUUUGUGGACAAUCAAAGAAGGCAACUAUCUGUACACAGAUCUUUACAGAAAACCUACAGCUCGUAACACUUUAUUGAGAGCUGAUUCCUAUCAUUCUUUACCCUUAAAGAACAGUCUACCUUAUAGCCAAAUGUGUCGGAUAAAAAGAAUUUGCAGCAAACUAGAUGAUCUUAAUAGGAAUUUUAAUGUUUUAAAAGAAUCUUUUCACUGUAGAGGUUAUACUAAGAAGCAAAUUCAAAUAGCCAAGGAAAAAUUGAGGGACGAUCUCGACUUGAUUUGUUAAAAAAGAAAGAAAAACAUCUAAACAGAUUUUCUGUGGUUUUUACUACAAAACUAUUCUAAAAAAUCGGAACAAAUUAAGAAAAUAAUUAACAAACAUUGGCACAUUUUAAAAACUGAUAGAAGUCUUGAAUCUUUUCAGGAUCCGCCUCUCACGGUGUUCAAGCGCGGACGUAAUUUGAAAGAUCAUCUGGUGAGAUCAUAUCUGUCUCCCCCACCUGUCACAACACAAACGACAUUAACACCAAUUCCUGAAGGUAACUGUCGAUGUGGCUCAUGUAGUCAAUGUAGCUACACUUACCGUUGUACUUCGUUUAAACAUCCGCAUAUUGGGACACCGAUUCCUAUUAAAGGGAUUAUAAGUUGUAAAACAAAAGCAGAGUUAUCUACCUCAUAACAUGUCCUUGCGGUAAAUCUUACGUUGGCAAAACAUCACGUGAAUUGAAAACACGUGUUUCAGAGAAUCGUAGUACAAUCCGAUGUAGAAAUAUGAAUUAUCCCUUGGCUGCUCAUUUUAUUGAAUUUAGCCACUCUAUUGCCUCCCUACGAUAUGUAGGAAUUGAAUGAGUUGCAAUUUACCGAGGAGAGGUGGUGAUCUUGACUGUAUUCUACUUAGACCUGAAGCAUAUUGGAUACAUACAUUAAGAACUCUUGUUCCUUAUGGUCUAAAUGUUGAUUUUGAUCUGAGCUGUUUUUUAUGAGUGUGCUUUGUAUUUCAUGUUUGGUGAUGUUUGCAUAUUGUUGUUUUUCUUGUAUUUACACUUAUCAUGUCUUUGUAAUAGAUCCUGUAGUUUUUAGCUUGAUUAACUGAUUGUUUCAAAUUAAGAAUAAUUGUAUGCACCUGUGUAUGGCUGUAUUUAAGCUCGUCUUACCCUGAGCGAACACAUACCUUGACGAAGGCUAUUUGCCGAAACGUUGGUUAUAAUAAAAUUAUUUUGCAAGUGAGUGUGCAGUCAAUAUUUUGUGCUAUAUAUUUGGAUGUAUUCUUUUUGACUUGCACCUCAGACGGAGUGCGUUUGUUUCAUUUUUUGAUUACUAGGUUCUUCUUUGUCACACUUUCUAGGUUGAUAGAAGCACUGGGGACCCAAUUAUACCACUUAAACAUGGAAAAAGUCAGAUUUUCAUGAUAUGUCUCCUUUAAAAAUUAACUUUAAGGUUUAUAAAGAAUGUGCUUUCUGACUUCUCAGAUAUAUACCAUGUGAUAUGCACUAAUUGUGAUAGUGUUUUUUCAUUAAAGGCUUGUGAAAUAAACAAAAAACUGAGAUCCAC